AUGUCUAAAGCACCAGCUCAAGAAGAAGCAGUGCAUGCUUAUGGAUGGGCUACUAGAAAUUCCUCAGGAAUUCUCUCCCCCUACCAUUUCACUAGAAGGGCUAAUGGCGAUAAUGAUAUUACCACCAAGAUACAAUAUUGUGGAAUUUGCCACGGAGACAUUCACCUCGUAAAGAACAAAAUAUGGCCGACCAUUUAUCCAACCGUGCCCGGCCAGAUGCCCCACCUCUCCGACCCCAAAGUCAUUGCCGCCAUGACCCGCGCCGUCUCCCACGUUGCCCAGACCCACUCCGUCCUCAACGCCCUCGGCGACCAUCCCGACCACAACCUCCUCCCGCAACCACACCCUCAACGGCGAUCCAAACUCUCCUUCAUCACCCCCUCCAAAAUCGCCGCUGAAUUCUCCCACCACGACCCCAACUUCGCCUGGAUCAACAACUGCAGCUUCGGGUCUUGCCUCGACUCCAUCAUCCAGCCUCCUAGAGUCCAAGUAGCAGUGUUUACAGGGGGCGCACUGGAGCCAAACGACGUCGGAGCCGGUGUCGAGGACCAUGUAGAGGUAUUUAGGGGGAGUGCCGACGCCGAUGCGGUUGAGGGAGAGGUGAGGGAGGUGAAGCGGAGGGCGUCACGGUGGAGGCAGAGGUGGAAGAGCUGGGAGAUGGUUUGGUUGGAGGAGAGGGCAUCGAGGUGGUGGAGUUGGAGGGAGAUGGAAUCUGGGUCGGGUUCGGAGGUGGCGGAGAAGGAUUCGGGUUGGGGGAGAGUAGGGGCGGAGGGGAAGGGGGAGAAGAGGAGGGUCCGGUGGUCAAGGGCGACGGAGAAGGAGAGCAGAAGAGUGAAGGCAUGCAACCAAGUGACCAAGGUUGGGCUCAAUGUCAAAAAAUUUAAAGUUGUUGGAGAUGUAGCCCGAGUAGGGUGCAUUAUGGGUUCAUGUGGCUCAUGCGAGAACUGCAAACAAGACUUGGAAAAUUAUUGCCCCAAAAUGUUAUGGACCUACAAUGGACAAUAUGAAGAUGGAACAAGAGCCUUUGGUGGAUAUUCAGAUAAGUUUGUUGUGGAAGAGCACUUUGUCGUCCGAAUCCCAAAUGACAUUCCAUUAGCCGGUGCCGCCCCGCAAUUGUGUGCUGGGAUUACCGUGUAUAGCCCCCUGAAAUAUUUCGGACUAGUCCCCCAGCCCAGUAGCGAUAAACAUUUGGGUGUUGUUGGGCUUAGAGGUAUAGGUCAUAUGGCCGUGAAGUUUGCCAAAGCUUUUGGAGCAAGGGUCACUGUGAUUAGUUCCUCUCCGAGUAAGGAAAAGGAAGCAGUGGAACGACUUGGUGCAGAUUCAUUUUUGAUCAGUCAUGACCAUGAGAAAUUGGCGGCUGCCUUGGGCACCAUGGAUGGUAUCAUCGACACUGUUUCUGCUUCUCGCUCUCUCCUUCCAUUGAUUGGCUUGCUGAAAACUAGUAGAAAACUAGUUUUGGUGGGUGCUCCAGUGGAACCAUCUGAGCUUCCCGUCUUCCCUUUAAUUAUGGGGAGGAAAGUUAUUGCUAGUAGUGCAAUUAGGGGAAUGAAAGAGACUCAAGAGAUAAUAGAUUUUGCAGCAAACACUAAUGUCGCAGCAGAUGUCGAAGUUAUUCCAAUGGAUUAUGUGAACAUUGCUCUUGAACGACUUGAGAAGGGCGACAAUGUUAAAUAUUGCUUUGUCACAACACGAUAA